AUGGAGGUUGAUCGGCCUGACGAGGGCAAAACCACCGCCUUUACGCCCGCCACCCGAAUUGCAGAGUUGAACGAAAUCGACCGAUCUAUUUCCACCCUUCUCUCCGCAGCCUCUGACGCCGUUGGCAUUUUAUCGAACUCGCCCACUACCGAAAUACAAGAGGCGGCUUUACGUUCGUCGUCCAGCGCACGGGCAGCCUUUGCAACGGCCGCCGAGUCCUACUUUUCUACCCUCUCCUCGAUCGAAGUCCGACUCCGACGCCAAGUUUACGCGUUAGAAGAGGCAGAUCUCAUACGGCCUGGAGAUGACAGAGAUGCAAGAAAAGGUCGCGCCAUGGGGGGAGACAAUAAUUUGACCAGAGUGGGCGGCGGUCCUCUUGACCCUAGCUGGCUCAAUGCCCGAGCAAGUGAGAGCGUUGAGGCGGGAAUGAAGCAAGAACUUCUGGCUCAGGCGAAAGAGUUUGUGGAGAACGCAGAAAAGGAAGCGCAAAAUGCUGAUCAGGACCCGAUCGUCAAGGAGGAAGCCAGCGGCUGA